CUCAACAAUCAGGUAUCUGAUAUCAUCACCAGGCUUGUUGAGGUCGUUCGACAAAUCUUAUCUGAGUUUGAGAAUGCCGUUUUAAGCGAGCCCUCAAAAAUUGCUGUUCCUAGAGGUACUCUCCACCCGCUUACGAGGGACACUGUGGCGGAGAGCCUCCACUAUGAGACACCAAAGAAGAAGCUCCAGAGUAAUGUUUUCGAUUUCCAGAUUUGGUUCGAGGAAAGCAAGGAGAAGAAGCUUUAUAUAGUUCUCAUCAGCUUCCAUGGGCUUGUCCGUGGAAAGAACCUGGAGCUAAGUGAUGAUUCAGACACAGGGGGUCAGGUCAAAUAUGUCGCAGAGCUUGCUAAAGCACUAUCAAUGAUUCCAGGAGUGGAUCACUUCACACGCCAGAAAGCAGCACCUGAGAUUGAUUGGAGCUAUGGGGAACCAAUUCAGCGUCUCGGAGCUUCUCAUUGCGAUGGUAGCGUCUACCGGUGUGCAAAUAAUCCAUGUGCAGUCCGACAAACCUUAUCCAAGGCAAUGCUCGCAAGCUGUUCGAAGAAAUGUCACUGAAGGUUGGAAUCCCAAAUUUGUUAGACCAGAAGAUAGAAAAUGGAUAGCUGUAAAACGACUUUCAAGUCUUUAUGAAAAAUUUGCAAUAAACAUUGAGAACAAAAUUUUCAACCCAGGAGGAUCUCUAUCUCCCUCUAGACAACGCAAGCGGACAAUUUUUGUGGAGCUUGUUGCUAAUAUUCAUGGAUGAACCAACCUCCGGACAAAAUGCCCGUGCUGCAGUGAUUGUGAUGAGAACUGUUAGGAACAUAGUUCACAUAGGCAGAACAUUGGUUUGCACAAUUCAUCAACCUAGCAUUGAUAUUUUUAAAGCAUUUGAUGAGCUUUUCCUAAUGAAACGUGGUGGAGAGGAGAUAUAUGUAGGCCCACUUGGGCGUAACUCCUCUGGAGUAAGCAAGAUAAAAGAUGGUUACAAUCCUGCAACAUAGAUGUUAGAAGUGACAAACUAGGAUCAAGAAUAAAUCUUGGGAGUUAAUUUUGCUGAAAUAAAUUGGAAUUCUGAUCUUUAUAGGAGGAACAAAGCCUUGAUUAACUCAGGAGGAUCGCUAUCUCUCUCCGGAUAAUGCGCCUUGACCGAGUCGAAGUCUUUUGACGCAAUGGGAGAAUGAUGCGGAGCAUUUUAGUUAUAGUAUUCCUUAUGAAUAGUAGAUCUAGUUUUAUACCUGCUUCUAGAAAAUUCUCAUGUUAGCUUAUAUAUAGAAUGUUGUAGUAGGAAACAUCAUCAAUGAUAUAUUACUCUCUUUGAGGCU